GGCGCGCGCAGGGGCCCGGGAGCGCGCGCGGCGCCGGCAGCCUCGCUCAGCCGGGACACCGCCCUAGUCCGCGCCUAGGUGGCCGCUCUCUCCGACGUCGAGGGCGUGGCGGCGAGGCUCCUGCUGCCCGCGGCUCCUGGCUUUGCCCUCAGCCCCACCUGCCGCCUGCCAGGCUCUCGGAGGCCCCGCAGCUCGCGGCGCCCGGCUCCCCGCAGACCCGUCGGGCCGCCAGGGCUCGUCCGCCGUCCUCCCGGCUCCGGUCCUGCGGCGGCGGGGCGUGCAGGUGAGGGUCCUUGGCGCCCGCCCUCUCCAGCAGUGGGUGCCUGAUCCUAGGACUAUACAGACGGAAAAGGCCCACUUUGGGGGAUAAUGCUGAGAGACACUAUGAAAUCUUGGAAUGAUAGCCAGUCAGAUCUGUGUAGCACUGACCAAGAAGAGGAAGAAGAGAUGAUUUUUGGUGAAAAUGAAGAUGAUUUGGAUGAGAUGAUGGAUUUAAGUGAUCUGCCUACCUCACUUUUUGCUUGCAGCGUCCAUGAAGCCGUGUUUGAGGCACGAGAGGAGAAGGAAAGAUUUGAAGCACUCUUCACCAUCUAUGAUGACCAAGUUACUUUUCAACUGUUUAAAAGCUUUAGAAGAGUCAGAAUAAAUUUCAGCAAACCUGAAGCAGCAGCAAGAGCGCGAAUAGAACUCCACGAAACAGACUUCAAUGGGCAGAAGCUAAAGCUGUAUUUUGCACAGGUGCAGAUGUCUGGUGAAGUGCGGGACAAGUCCUAUCUCCUGCCGCCCCAGCCUGUCAAGCAGUUCCUCAUCUCUCCUCCAGCCUCUCCCCCGGUGGGGUGGAAGCAGAGCGAAGAUGCGAUGCCUGUUAUAAAUUAUGAUUUACUCUGUGCUGUUUCCAAACUGGGACCAGGAGAGAAAUACGAACUUCACGCAGGAACGGAGUCGACGCCCAGCGUGGUGGUUCAUGUCUGUGAAAGUGAAACUGAAGAGGAAGAAGAAACAAAAAACCCCAAACAGAAAAUUGUCCAGACGAGGCGCCCCGACCCUCCGACCGCAGCGCUGCAUGAGUCCCAGACCUUCGACUGCGCACUGUGAGGCGUUUGGUUGUGGUGCAAGGCGGCUGCCUUGGUGGGCUCUGGCCAUGGCGAUCUGUGCUCCGCGGCCGAUGCGUUGCUGCUGACAGUAUAGCUGAGACUCUGCAGAGUGAGGUGUAGGUCUGCUCACCACGCCUGUACUGCAGACACGGUCGUGUAGAGUAGCAGCUGAUUUGACCUGUCCCAGAUUCUAAGUGUUAUUCCAAAUGGGACUUCACAUUAAAGGAGAAGCCCCGGAGAUGUGGCCACCUUUAACCAUGUUUAAAUAGUAACAGAUGAGGAAAACAGUUUGGCUCCCCUCCAGCCAUGUAAGUCCCUCCUGAUGCCGUAUCACAUGAGACACCAAAAACUGCAACUCUAGUUGCAGCCAGUACAGUACCAUUUUUAUGAAUUUAAAAAUAGUCUUUCAAAGAGAAAAAUACAAUGGGUAUUUUUCUACUGGUAUAAAUAGCUUCUAAUUAAUAAAUCGAUCAAAGAUUGUUAUUCAGUGUACACGACAUUUUUUGCAGGAAAAGAAACCUGAAAUACAGAAUAAUUCGUAGAAAUCAUGGUUCUCAAGUAUUUGUUUCAUCAGCUUUGGGGAAGAAAUGCCAAAUCCACUUUGAGGAUCAGUCUUACGACACAGAUGUCCCCACAUGUUGCUCUUAUCUGGAAUUUGGGACAAAGCAAUGCAUAGGCUCUCAUUCCUGAUGUGGCAUCCUCCAGACAUGGCUGCCCGGGAAGGAGGGCCGCUUUAGAAGUGGGACGUACCACCAGGAAGCUUGAAUGAUUAGGAUUGCAGGUGGCUACUGCAUUCUGCCGUUGGUGACCGUGUUCUAGCCUGUAGACCACCCAGCUACCUUCAUUCACCAACUUUUAUCCUUCACCUUUUCCAGUAUCGUGUUAACCACUAGUUCUUGAGUCUUUUGCUGUGAUGUGUACGUUUAUGUAUGUCAUUCAUAGACUUUCAACUAGAAAAGGUAAUGAUAAUGUAAAUUGUCCCUUUAACCAUUUUUCAGCUUGCUUUGAAACAAAAGUCACACCCACUAUUUUUCUAUGAGUUAGGGAAGGAGGGGAAGAUCAUUCAGUUUUACUUUUCUUUUUGUUGAAAUUUCGUACCCGGAUUGCAAUUGGCACUUUUCCUAAGACAGAAUUGUCUCUCACUUACGGGUCAGAAUGUAUAUUUGAACCCCCCUAAGAAGAAGCAGGAUCUUUUUAACUCUUUCUGGUCUGUUUAGACUUUGAAGUCCCUUCUGUAGAAAAGUCUCAUCACUGAGAAGGCUUUGCUUUGGGCUGAGUGGGUCUGCUGGCCUCCACUCACUGUGCCGUUUCCUUUGUGUGGCACACUUGGGAAGCUCUGGGGCAUGUGAAGGAGCUGCAAACAUGAGUGAGAACUAAUGAACCAAGGCGGCUGCCACCAUGAAGGAACAAAACGCAGGCAUUCAACCAUGACGUCUGCACAGUGAUACUAACAUGUCAUUGUGGUUUUGUUCUCACUAUGGUAAAAUGUAUUUCUGAGCACUAACGUGUUGCACACCCCUAAAUUUUUUUUCUAUAUCUUCCUUGCCCUCAAAUACUCUGAGGUAAUAAACUGUUCCAUUUGUAGCCAACAACCGCUGCUAAGCCUCAAUGUAAAUUCAGUUGAAAUUUGCAAUUCUAUCAGCAGUUUGAUGUAUUGAAUUCAAAUCAUCAUUUGUCAUUUUAACCGACAGCCACUUAAUAAAUGUACUUUGCAGUUCUGAACUCA